AUGAGCGUUAAUUUUGAAUACUCUAAUUUGUCAUUCACGCCCAUUACAACUGUCCCCCCAGCAAGGAUACCAUUAAGUGACGGUCAAGAAAUUUUAUUUGAAGAUUGGAUGCUUGAUUUAACUGUCGAAGAUUUUGUAAAAGCUGGUUUAAUCCCGAUAGAUAAAGCAAUAUCCCUCUUGAAGCAAUGGGAGGCCGAAGAUAGAAUGGCUGCUUCU